AUCUAUCCUCCAAAAAAUGUGUGAAACAUUGGCCCCUAGCACCCAGUUUUCAGGAAGAGACAGAACUUGUGAACAGUAGAAGAUUUAUACGUGAAAUUUUCAGGGCUUAUUCUUAUUAAGAUGAGUUUGUGGAUGGGGAGAGCACCGAGCCAUUAUCAAAGGUACAAUGCAUUAUAUAAAACAUAUCUGCCAGUAAUACGUAUAACUAGUACCCGCAAGAGACGAAAUGUCCAUUAAUGACUGUUAGUCGCCAGCUCUCUAUGUCCAUUUCCAAGGCCAAAGUUGAAAUAGUUAUUUAUUUGCAUGAAACAAGUGCUUACUUCGUCUUUAAAACAGUUUGCUCCUUUUAAAAAAUCAAAAUGUUUUAUUUACAAUGGAUAUAACAAUGCUUCGACGGGAGCAUUUAAGUAUGCAAAAGCAGUUAAGAUGAGAUCGUCGUCUUUACCCUUAACAUCAAUGGACUGAUGUGAAAGAAAACGCACACCCCGUCCACCUCAAACACGCACAAAUAUCCUUCUACGGAGAGAGAAUGUUAAUGGGUGUAUCUCGUAGCUGCUCGUAGUUGAGCUGCUAGUUGUGGAACAGGCGGAGGUACAGAAGACACGCAUCAGACUAAGAGGCAACAUACGAUACUUUCGGUGUUAAUCUGACACAUACAGUUAGUCACAAAUAUAGACAAUUCCCAUCGUAAUUAGCUGAACUCACAGGUGUAUAUCUGAAAUAUGAAAACUAAAAGUUUGUUAAAAUAGACCAGUCUGACGAUGUAAACAAACUGUUUGGUGGGAAAUGGCAAUGGCGGAAAAUCGAUGCCAUUUCUCUGUUUCUGAAUGUAUUAUUUUUAAACAGUGUGGAUAGCUUGUUUCGUUUUUUCCGGUCUUCUAUGUGAGGAAAUGUUUAUAUUUAAAGUAAAAAUAUGAACAAUUAUUCUUUAAAAUCAGCUUGAGCCGUCUACUUUCCUGCCUUAACAAUGGACGCCCAAGCCGGAACCCCGGCUGCUCCGGCUCAGCCUACCACCGUGAUUGUAGUGAAUCAGGAUAUGCGCCGCAAGCACCCCUCAAUGCUUCGGGGAACGAGGUUGUAUGGCAUCAACGUUCGUGCUGGCUGCAUGAGGACUUCACUCAUCUUCGGGAUCUUUUUCUUAGUUGCCGCAGUUCCCUUGGUUCAAAUUCCGAUUAUAACCGGAUAUUAUGGCCUGAUUGCAAUCAUGAUCGUCUUUGUGUGUUUUGGAGGCUUCCUGAUCUACUUUUACGUAAAGGCGAGUAGGAAAGCAUUGCGGGAGUACAACGACCUUCCAGCUGACCACCCUGACCGCUUGAAAUACAGCGGUGUCAAUCUGGCCGGUGUCAUACCAGGGUCACACCCAGUAGCCAACGUCUACCAAUUCCCCGCCAACGCACAGGUGAUACAUGCUGGCAGUGGACAAGCAGCUGCAAUGGCGCCAGGGCAGACGUUCGCUCCACCUUCUGGCGGGCAAGGACACUUUGCAAAGCCAGAGGGUUCUUAUCCAACGGGGCAUUACCCACCUCCACAGGGGCAGUAUCCAGCUCAGGGGCAGUAUCCACCUCAAGGGCAGUAUCCACCUGCGGAGGGACAGUACCCACCUCCACAUGGUUAUUCUGCAACUCCCCAAGGACCCUCUGCUCCACCACAAGAUCCUAACUGGAAACCCAAGGAUGACCCACCCCCGUAUUCUGACAUCUAAAAGACGUUCUUUUUUGAAGGACCUCACUGAUUCCUGCUUUAAAUAGCCAGUUCUAUAGUAAGAUGUCGUCACAAUGAGUCAACUUAGAUUAGCAGUUUUGUUAAUGAUGUUAAUAUGAUGUUAUAAUGUCUUAGUAUAUUUGCAUGUUGUAACCAUGAAGAAAACAUUUUAAAGAUGUAUCUAUCUAUGUAUCUAUCUCUGUAUCUGUCUAUCUCUAUGUAUGUAUCUAUCUAUAUAUCUAUGUAUCUUGCUAUCUACACACGCACACAGACAUGUAUAUGUAUAUAUGUAUAUAUCAUAUAAAUAUAGAUAUAUAAAUAUCAUAUAAAAGGUAAAUAAAUUAUUGUAGGCUCUAAGUGCCUCCAUGUAAUGCAGUGCCUUUUGUAUGCGACAACAGUGGUAUGCUAAUGAGUAGUGUAGGAUUACACGAAUACAACAGUGAGAGGUGUUAGCAGGUGGAAACACAUGUCAUAUAAUUUGCAUCGGAUUCAGCAAACAGAAAACACAUCCACACAGUGAAGCAUAUGGAUGGACACACACACACACACACACACACACACACACACACACACACACCAUCCACAUAGAGAGAAAGCAUACCGUUUCCUAUCCGUUUGCCUGAUAUAUUUUUUUCUAAUUCUAUAUGAUUUUCUUGUGCGAUAUUGUCAGUCAAUUAACCAAUCAAAAAAGACAUUUGUAUCAGCGUUCAGAUAUUAAAUAAUGUCAUGUCAGCACAAACUAUUUCCAGUAUGUACCAUAUAUAAUGGAUGUACAAGUCCAAUAUAAAGUUAUAUUCUGUUUUUGUACUUAAUUUGCGUUUUAGCUUCUGAUAUCUAUUGUUAUAAAUAAAUAUUUGGAGCGUA